UUCAUGGAAAUGCUGAAGCGUCCCUGAGCUCCAGUGGUCUUGAAGGUCAAAAGAAUGUCUUGAUUUGGUAAAGGUGAACCAAUCAUGAAUUAACCAAUGCUAAAACCAGGAGCAAACUUUUCCUAGCUCCGGCUUCAUCGUUAGAAAAGCCCCUGGAAUUCUGGGAAAAAGAAUGCCAGCCAAGACCCCUAUGUAUUUAAAGACACCUGCACCGAAGCAUGGUAAAAAGCCAAAACUGAGGGAUCUUCUGUCUAGUGAUAUGAUCAGCCCCCCUUUAGGAGACUUGCGCCACAGUGCCCAUGUUGGACCAGACGGGGAGACUGACAUGUUCGGAGAUGUUGGCUUCCUAAAAGGGAAGUUGGAGAUGUUACCUGCCUUGGCAUGCCCCUCACAGCCCUCUUCCAACAGCAUGAACAGACAUGUGGAUGACAUAUUUGAGGUAAAAGGCCUCCAGCACAGGUAUGACCCCCAUCAUAACUCAAACAACAGCUCUUCCAUUCUUAAAAGCACUAUCUCAAUGCCUGCCUUCACUGCCCCCGAGCAACCACCUCCAAAACCUCCUCGCCUGCACUUAGAGGAAAGCUCAAAUCAGCAUAAGCACCACAACAAUCAUCAGCAACAUCCCAUGUCUGUGUGUACAGAAGGAGUUGGACAGUACAGGGAACCUUUCCAUGACUUCACCUUAUGUACAUCUAUCCCUAUCUUGAGACAUCUUGUGCCCACUGCUGGCUCUUUUUCCGAAGCCUCCUCCGAUGAUUCCAUGUCUGAGGGCUGCGUUCCACCAGACCCUAAACGAGGCCUGAGUCUGGACUCUGAUGCUGGACUGAGCAACGAGGACCUGCGAAGUGAAAACAGCGAGUCUCCCGCCUUCUCUCCCACCAUGUCACGCUCAGAGUCGCUUGCUGGUCUCAACCUGGAUCUAGGCCCAUCUAUUUUGGAGGAUGUUCUCAGUAUAAUGGACCAGUACAAGAGUGAGAAGGACAGUUGUGAGCUGUGAGCUGGCUGAGAGUCUUUAAUCAUUGUUAUGUGCAUGACCUUGCUUGGCCUUGUACUUCUUAGGCUCAGGGGAUAAGUAGCACUUGGUAUAAACUGGUUGUGACAGAACGUCUACAAACUGAUAACUGCAUCUCUCACUCUGUAAAUGUCCAUCUGACACGGAGAUGCAGAACGAAAAACUGGUUUUAUAUGUUGUUUAUAUGUAACUACAUUGAUAUUCUAUUCAGUGGAGCUGGACUGUGACCUUUUUUUUGUGCUGCCUUACACCUAAACAUGAAGCAAAUCCAGUGCAAAAUGUAAAGAGUAGUCACAUUUGCACAUGACUGAUGUGAAAUACUGAUUUCUCCCUCUUACGCAGUGUUUGUGAUUGAAACCGGUUCAUGAUGUUCAUAUAUUUAUUAGGUGUUUAUCUUUUGUUCUUUUGGUAUUUCUAUCACAAUUGCAGUUCAUUAUUGAUAUGAAUAUCAUAAUUGAGCUUAACGUUGUCGUGUAAAUAAAAUAUUAUUGAAACCUAUUCAAGACUUU